GAAAGAAUAUAAAUGUAAGGUUAUGUUUUUCUAACAACAACAACAUUCGUCUUCUCUUCUGUUAUUCUUCAAAAUAUAUAUAAAAAUUACUUUUAAGUUUACCUAGAUAGUGUUUAAAAAAAUGGUUCAAAAUAAGGAAACUCCGAUGGAAACGGAUGUUUCGUGUAAUGAAGUAUUUCAAAGAGAAUCAGCCGAUUAUCAAGAUCUUUCAUCAAAAUAUCGUGGAGACUAUGAAAAUUAUUCAAAACAAUUUGCUAAAAUUUAUACCGCAAGAAUAUCAGAAUUAUCAAAAGUGUUGACUGAGAAAGCGAGAAAAAAAUGGGGUACUGCAAAAAUCAUGCAAUUGUCUGAAUUGGCAGAGUGUGAAGACGAACGUUGUAUAAUAAUUGGAACACUUUAUAAACAUCAGCAGAAUAAACCAUCGAUAUUGAAGGAAUUAAGUGAAGACGAACAAUUGGUAUUGCCAGUUGUCAAAGAUGAUUAUUGCUCGGACGAUGAUCUAGUUUAUCUCGAGGACGAUACAUCGCGUAUUAAAUUAGUGGGAAAUGUUAAUAUUAAGGAUACCGUGACUGGAGUUGUUUGUGCAGUCCUAGGACGACAGGACCAGAACAGUUCUUUUAAGGUUGAAGAGUGGUGCUUCCCGGGUUGUUUACCACAGGAGAAAAUCUCAUCACCAACAAAGGGAAAAAUAGUUUUAAUCUCUGGUCUUGAAUUAGCAACUGCCGAAGUGAAUUUAGAAUUAAAUUUAUUAGUAGAAUGGUUGUGUGGAAUGUUAGGCGAUUCAUCGACACAAAAAGAAGGAGCUUCAGUCGUACGAGUUAUUAUUGCAGGAAACAGUAUUAAAGGAACUUCCGACAGUCACGUUAAUAAAGGCCUUCAGGGUGGAAAAGCUCUCGAUCUAGCCGUCACCAAGGAAAUUGCGAUUGGCACGAAAAAAAUGGACGAUUUACUUUCUGAAUUGGCGAAAUUUUGUUGUGUUACUUUAAUGCCAGGACAGCAUGAUAUUGCCACUUUUAUGAUGCCACAGAAACCUUUGCACUCUUGUAUGUUCCCUCAAUCUCGAAGAUACAAUUCGGUGAGUGGAGCGACAAAUCCUUGGAUUGGCAAAAUUGGAAAUCGUCUUAUUUCCGGAACGAGCGGACAACCAAUCGAGGAUUUAAUUAAAGUCAGUGGAGCUAAUUAUUUAUCUCCAAUCGAGUGGCUCGAGAGAACAUUAAAUUGGCGACAUUUCUGUCCAACAGCUCCCGAUACAUUGCCAUGUUAUCCAUAUCAUGAGAAGGAUUUAUUUAUUAUGGAGGAAUGUCCAAAUAUUUAUUUCGCUGGCAAUAUGAAUAAAUUCGAAACUAAAUUAUGGGAAGGUGAAGACAAACAAGUCGUGAGAUUGAUCUGCAUUCCAAAAUUUUCCACUACAAAAACCGUUGUUCUUGUUGAUCUCGAUACUUUAGAAACACGAACUGUUUCCUUUGGAACUAGUUAAAACUUUUUUUUUUCGUGCUCAAAAAUUAAAACCAGGUGAAUUUUUUCCCCUCAAUUAAAAUAUUUAAUUUUUUUAUACAUAUUUGUAUUAUAGUCACUAAAAUAUAAUUACUAAAAUAUUAUAGUCACUAAAAUAUAAUUACUAAAAUAUUAUAGUCACUAAAAUAUAAUUACUAAAAUAUUAUAGUCACUAAAAUAUAUUUACUAAAAUAUUAUAAUUAUUAAAACAAUAACUUUUAGUUUUUUAAAAACGAAUUUUACAAAAAUUACUCCAAAAAAAAAAUAUGUUUACAAUUUUUCAUUCUCUUAGCAAAAAUUAUAAUUUCGCGAUAAUAAAAUAUACGAAAAUUAAACUUA